UAACAUUCUGGAGAGCAAUUUGGAACUAUGCCCAAAGGGCUGUAAAACUGUAUAUACCCUUUGACUCAGCAAUACCACUACUAGUCUGUAUCCUAAAAACCAAACAAAAAAAAAAUAGAAAAGGUCCUAUUUGUUCAAACUUAUUUAUAGCAGCUUUUCCUGUGAUAGCAAAGGACUGGAAAGUGAGGGGAUGCUCAUCAGUUGGAGAAUGUCUGAACAAGUUGUACAUGAUUGUAAUGGAAUACUAUUGUGCUAUAAGAAAUGAGGAAGGGUAUAGUUUCAGAAAAACCUGGGAAGGAUUAUAUGAACUGGUGCAAAGUGAAGUGAGCGGAACCAGAACAGGGCACAGUAAUAGCAAUAUCAUAUGAUGAACAUCUAUGAAUGAUGGAGCCCAUUCAUUCUCAGCAAUACCGUGAUCCAAGACAAUCCCAGAGACUUACAAUGAAAAAUGGUAUUCACCUCCAGAGAUAAAUCUGAAUGCAGAUCAUAGCAUUCUUUCAACUUUCUUCAUUUUUUUCUUCUGUUUUCUUCCACAAAAAAAUGAAGAUUAUUAAAUAUUUUGGACACUAGCUUUAUGACCAUGAGUGAUUCUGUGCCAUCCAAUGUAAUUGGCCGAAGAAUUGAUGUUAAUGGAGAACUUGCAACGGUGCGCUAUUUUGGCAAUGUUCCUCCCAUAGCAGGACUCUGGCUGGGAGUAGAAUGGGACAACCCUCAAAGAGGAAAGCAUGACGGUAGCCAUGAGGGGACUAUAUAUUUUAAAUGCAGGCACCCCACAGGAGGAUCCUUUGUCCGUCCAAACCGAGUAAAUUUUGGAGUAGACUUUUUAACUGCAGUUAAAAAUCGUUAUGGAUUGGAAAAGCCCAAAGAGGAAGAUGGAAAUGAGAUGAUUGUAAUUGGAAAUAAAACUGUAGAAACUGUUGGGUUUGAUUCUAUUAAAAAAUUACAAAGUCAGCUGAACAAGUUGCAAGAAGUCUCUGUUUGGGGUUCUGCAGUGUGUUGCGCUGGUGACAGAGGGAAAAUUGCACAAACAUGUCCUAAUAUCAAAAGGAUAGAUUUAUCAAAAAACCUGUUGUCAGAAUGGGAUGAAGUGACCCUCAUUGCCGAUCAGCUCAAAUAUCUAGGAGUUCUUAAUCUCAGUGAAAAUAAAUUAAAAUUUCCCUGUGAUUCGCCAUCUCCAUCCUAUACUUUUUCUGCAUUGAAGAUUUUAGUGCUUAAUCGAACAGGAAUAACAUGGACUGAGGUUCUGUGGUGUGCUCAAGGAUGGCCAGUUCUAGAAGAGUUAUAUCUUGCAUCUAAUAAUAUUACAAUUUCAGAAAGACCCACUGAUAUUCUGCAGACUCUCAAGUUAUUAGACCUUUCUAAUAACCAUUCAGUUGAUGGAAAUCAGCUAUUUCUAAUAGCAUAUCUACCUAGGCUAGAACAACUAGUUCUUUCUGACAAUAGAAUUUCUACUCUGCAUUUUCCAGAUGUUGAAAUAGGGUGCAAAACUUCAAUGUUUUCUUCUUUGCAGUACCUAGUGAUAAAUGGCAAUCAGAUAUCACAAUGGUCAUCUAUCAAUGAAUUAGAUAAGUUAAAAAGCUUACAGUCCUUGUCCUGUACACAUAAUCCUCUGACUGAAGGAAAUAAAGAUCUUCAGACUAUUCGCCAACUAAUUAUUGCCAAAAUUGGUCAGUUGAAGAUACUGAAUAAGUGCGAGAUUCUUCCUGAGGAAAGGCGGGGAGCUGAACUUGACUACCGUAAGACAUUUGGAAGUGAAUGGAAAAAAGCUGGUGGACAUCAGGAUCCUGAUAAAAACAAACCAAAUAAUGAAUUCAUUAUAGCCCAUCCCAGAUACCAGUUAUUCUGUCUUAAAUAUGGUGCACCUGAAGAUGGGGAACUGAAACCACAGCAGCCAUUUAUGCUGAAAAAUCAAUUGCUAACUCUAACGAUUAAAUGUCCUAAUCAGCCUAAUCAGAAAGUCCUGGUAAAGCAGCUACCAGAGUCCAUGACAAUUCAAAAGGUGAAGGGCUUCCUGUCUCGUCUACUCAAAGUUCCAGGAUCAGAACUCAAAUUAUCCUAUGAAAGCCCUAAAAUGGAAGGCAAAGAAAUUGAACUAGAGAAUGACCAACAGCCAUUGCAGUUUUACUCUGUUGAAAGUGGAGACUGUGUAUUAGUACGAUGGUAAAAAUCCAGUUAUGACUAUUCAGUAUGACUGAUGUCCAAAAGUCAACAAUAGAAAGGAUUUGUCAAACCACAUUUCAGUGGGAGAAAAGAUUUGUUUCUGGCAUGUGUAUGUAUAGUAGCUCUAAUAAAUACUUUGUGCCUAUUUA